GAACGCAGGGCGCGGCCCAUGCGGCCCAAGCGCAGCGCGAGCUUGAACCGAAGCAGCUUGUCCCUGCAUUCCCUGGCCGCAGAGGAGGCGCCAGCGCCGGCGCCAUCGGCUUCGCGCCGAAUGACGAAGGGAAGUUGGAUGCGAAACCGGAGCCAAAUCUCGCUCCAUGGUUAUCCUCAG